GUUGGGAUCCUUGAGUGCGCAGUGAAAGGAAUACUCCCCAUUGGACUGUUGUAGCGCGCGCCUCCAUAACAAAAGCCGCACGGCUCGUGUACGCAGGUGACAGAGGCACGGCGCGCUGUCACCCCAAAUACGCGUCGAUGGGAGCAGCAGCGGCUUGAAAAACACGAGGAACUGCUACAAACUUUGUGUUCUUCACCGUUUAUUUUCGCCUCCUCCCGGUUUCGUCUUCCUCAGAUGACACCGGGCUCCCUGCACAUGGAGAACCUCGUCCCUGAACAGGGCUGCAAGCUGUAACUCCAAACCAGACAGGAUCUGUGACCAUUUGGGAAAUGGCAGACAUUCUGGAGCUGCGCACGGAUGGGAACUCGCUCCUGAAGGCGGUGUGGCUCAAACGCUUGAGACUCACCAGGCUUCUGCUGGAAGGAGGUGCAUACAUCAAUGAGAGCAAUGAACGAGGAGAGACACCGCUCAUGGUGGCCUGCAUGUCGACGCACUCUGACUCGCAAAGUGUGAGCAAGUCAAAGCUAAUCAAGUACCUACUGGACAACCAAGCAGACCCUAACAUCCAGGACAAAGCAGGCAGGACAGCUCUAAUGCAUGCCUGCAUCCAUAAGGCAGGACAUGAAGUGGUGGAUCACCUUCUGAGCAAUGGUGCCGAUCCGAGUCUGGAGGACAGGAGUGGCGCCUCUGCACUGGUCUACGCCAUCAACGCGGAUGAUAAGGAAACGCUAAAAUUACUCUUGGAUGCAUGCAAAGCUAAAGGGAAGGAAGUAAUCAUCAUCACCACUGACAAAUCACCAUGUGGCACUAAAACCACCAAACAGUAUUUAAAUGUACCCCCAUCUCCAGAGUUGGUUGAGAGGUCUUCCUCAGAGUACUGCGCCUCUCCUUCUGAUAUUGAAGUUAGUGCAUCUCCCACAUCUGGGCAAGAGCCACAAAACACUGUCUUUAGUUUCCAGACAAAGCUAAAGUCAUCUAGCGCAGCUGCAAAGCUAACAAACGGGCCGUCAUCUCCAACACGCCGACCUGCGAACCCAAAGCGUGCGCGUUUGCCUCAGCUGAAGCGGUUGCAAUCAGAGCCCUGGGGGCUGAUUGCACCAUCUGUCCUGGCUGCCGCCGCCCAUGAGGAGAGUAAGAAAGCCAGCUCUGAUGAGGAUGUAGUUGCAGGGGUGAACGGUCUCUCUCUGAGUAAGAGGUCAGCUUUGUCCCGACAGAGCAGUGUGGAUGGGAAGGACAGCUUGUUCCCACUGGUGGGUGAACAGCCCUGCAAAAUGACAACCUCAAUAUCAAUCCCCCCAACAUCUAAACCGUCAUACGAGAGAACCCUCAGCCAGCACCAGCCACUGGCUCGCCGCAGCACGGUUCCUGCAGAGCAGGAGAGCAGCGGCUGCAGCAGUGGACCAGUCAGCCUGAGAGACACGAUGCAUAGGAGGCGUCUAGGAAACGAUCACUACGACUCGGAUUCACAGCUCUACUCAGACUCAGCUAUGUUAGACUCUCCUAAAGUCCCUGUGGAGCGAAGGAAACUAAACACUUCCCCGCUUGCGAUGCUUACAAGUUCCAGAGAAUCUCUUGACAGCAACGCAAGCACAUCCUCUCCGAGUGCAGCGCGAAGGCGGGGCCCCGGGCUCCUGGAGAGGAGGGGCUCGGGCACGCUUCUGUUGGACUACAUCUCCCACACCCGGCCCGGCCACCUGCCCCCUCUUAAUGUCAACCCAAACCCCCCCAUUCCAGACAUUGGAACUAGCACCAAGCCCUCUUCACCUCUGUCCACAGGUAUUAAAUCUAUCGCUCCAGUAGCACCAAACACACCAAAGACAGGAGGCCUCAAGUCGAAGAAGAAACUUAUUAGAAGGCAUUCUAUGCAAGUGGAGCAGAUGAAACAGCUUUAUGAUUUUGAGGAACCUGCUCAUUAGUUUGUCACAAAGUUAACUCAGCAAAUACUGUGGUAGUAGAAAUGUAUACACCAUAAAGUCAGGAAGUACAUCCAUAGUUUCAGUUGUGUUGACUCACAGCUAGCUAGAUGUUGAAUAAUGUAUAAUUUAUUACAAGAAAAAAUAUAUUGAAACUGAGCAAUAUAGAUAAGUUUCUUCCCUGAGUUCCAGCCAGACUUACAGAUUAUUAUUUAUUUUAUGACUUUGCAACAUUGGUUGUACAUUUAGUACUUUAGAAUGUAAAUGCCACAACAAGGUACCCUUUCCUUUGAACCGUCUUGUCUUACAUGAUCAUGUAAUACGUAGGAAACAUACAGGGUUCAUUUGUAGCCAGCAGGCCACUUGAGUGCACUUUGUGCAUUAUGUGCACCAUCGAUGGAUUUUAUCUGGAAAAGACAUACGGAGUGAUGCACUUGUCUGACAUGUAGCUUUGAGUGAGGUGAAAUUUGACUGUUUGUAGCAAUUCUGUGCAAAGUGCCUUCAAGAAAAAGAAACAUGGACAAAAGAGCAGACAUUUGUUUUAUUAGGGCCGUUUUAAUUCAUGUUGAUGGUAUCAACAUGUGUUUAAUUUCAACGUUGUUUGUCUAACGUAAAACAAAUAAAGUAAAAAUGAGAAAACA